UGUUGCGCGCGCGGUUCAGUCAGGGAAUCGAGAGCGCCAGACGCGCACCAGUAACCGCUCAUGGCGUGUUCUUCUGUUUCACUCGUUAUCGAGAAAAUACAACGGCAUCGAUUCUGUUGGUGAGGGCUUCGCUUAAUCUCCCCUGGACAUCAGAUGCUUCUGACACAUGACAGCAGCGUAGAUCAUCUGAAGGGUUUUGCCUUGUGCCAUUACGCGCAUGUUUUCUGUAGCCUAACUUUUUCAGAGUCCCACCGAUCCAUGUCGAGCGCGUUUAUUACUUGGAGUUAACUCAUUUUCCCGCCGAAGAGCACAUCGCACUGAUCCUGAUGGAUAUUUAUUCAUCUAAAUUAUCAUCCGCUGUGGAUUACGGCAUCGGUGCGUUCCUGCUGCUCAUUGAGGAGAAAAUCAGCAAAAGGAACGCAAAGAUUUUAGUGGCAACCACAUGGCUGUACGCUCUGCUCUGGGCUAUUUUCCCACUGAUCGGCUGGGGGAAAUACGGCCCGGAGCCCUUCGGCCUGUCCUGCACUCUGGACUGGAGAGACAUGAAAGAGCACAGCCAGUCUUUCGUCAUCACAAUCUUCCUCAUGAACCUCAUCCUGCCUGCCAUCAUCAUAGUGUCCUGCUACUGCGGCAUCGCUCUGAGACUCUACGUCACUUAUAAAAGCAUGGACGACAGCAACCACGUCCCCAACAUGAUCAAGAUGCAGCGGCGGCUCAUGGUGAUCGCCGUGUUGAUCAGCAUUGGGUUUGUUGGAUGCUGGGCACCAUACGGCAUCGUCAGCCUGUGGUCCAUCUACCGGCCCGGGGAUUCAAUCCCUGCUGAGGUCAGCAUGCUACCUUGUCUGUUCGCCAAGACGUCUACGGUGUACAACCCAUUCAUCUAUUACAUCUUCAGCAAGACCUUUAAACGAGAAGUCAACCAGUUGAGCCGCUUCUGUGGAAGAUCCAACAUCUGCCGUCCAACCGAUGCCAAAAACAGGCCAGAAAAUACCAUUUACCUUGUGUGCGAUGUGAACAAGUCCAAACCUGGAGUGGAGGAUCUGUCGUUAGCAAGGAGUAAAGAGAAUGAGACUCAAAUGUUGCCAAAUCAAGACUUGCAUGAGUGAAUCUGUACAGAACAAUAUUUGGCAGGAGCUCUAGUUAUUUUUUUACCUGGUUUAAGGUACUAGGAGUGAUCCGUGGACUCUUGAAUGAACUCGUACAUAAGCUGCAAUAUCGAUCCAUAUCAUCACAUUAUAUGGCAUAAAGCAUUGCUGUGUUCACUGUAUUUAGUAAGGAGUUCAGUUCUUAUGUGACAGCUUUAGAAAACGGGCAUUUCGCUGAGCCAUCAUAUCACAUUUAAUAUGUUUCAGCAUGCUAAGUACAGUCAAAUACAUUUAGAAAUACUUCAAAUGAACGUUUUUUUACUCACCUGUUCCAAACCUGUAUGACUUUCUGCUGUGGAAGACAAAAGGAGGCGUUAUCCAUUGGUUUAAGCUUAUGUUUUAAACUGUACAAAGUGCAUUCUGUUUGAUACUGCACUUUAAAUGUGCCACCAUAUGUAAAACUGAAUAUAUGCAGGCAUAGCUGAAUUAUAAGAGUUCAGUACAUGGAAAUAAGUCUCAAACACCAUUGUUUACAUGUUGUCAUGUAAAUCUUGUGAGUGUAAAAUCUUAGUGAAAAACAGGCCAAUCAGAAGAAAACAUAUUUAAAAUGCACACCCCAGAACGUUUAAUUGGCUAAAAUGUUUCCUAGUGAAAUUACAACAAUUGUAUUCUUCCUAGGGCUGGGAGAUCUGGCAAAAUUGCAAUCAAUCUCUUUUAUUAUCUUUUAUAUUAAACGAUUACGUUUAAUAUAAAAAAAUUCUCGGAUGAUAAAUUUUCGUUGGCCAAAAAUGCGAUACAUAUAUAACAUCAACACAGUUUUAGAUUCCCAUUGUUGCACAUUUCUGCUGUGCGUUUGGAUCAAUACAGAGUAAAAGUCCAGAGCAUAUCAUUGUUAUUGACAUAAACUUUAUUGCAAUUCGAUAUAAUAUGGUUUAUCGGCCCAGCCCUAUAUGUGGAGGUCUUAUUUCAAAAGUAGGAAAGAGAUUGGCUCUGGGGUAAGUCAACUGUAUCUGUUUAUAGUUGGUCAAAACACAAAACUUGGGAAAGACUAAUUAUAAGUUUAUUCAGCGCCCCCGAAGAGGCAUAAUAUCUGUUUAACAGUAUCUUUUGUUGGUUUAAUGUGUAUGUUGUGAAAUGAAGUGUGUAUGUUUGUAAUGAGGCAACAAAAACAUGUACUGUAUACUGUUGAAUAGCUGUUCAAUGCACGUUUAUGCAUAGUGUCAUAUCACUCAGCUCUUACUGGCAUUUUUCUAGAGUGAACUCUACAAAAUACAACACUAAAUGAAUCUCUGUCCAUCCCUUUUAUAUUUAUAUUUCAUCCACAGAUUAUACUGUAACUCGGGAGCAUGCAGCUUUCCUGUCAAAUAAUGAUUUUUCCUUACAUUUUGAUGGCGCUUUUCUGGACACUCAAAUCACUUUACACAUUGGGAGGAAUCUCAUCCACCACCAGUGUGCAGCAUCCAACUGGAUGACACAAAGGCAGCCUUAUUGCACCAGACCACCACACCCGAAUGGUGGAGAGAAGACAGAGUGAUGAAGCCAAUUGUGACAUGGGAAUGGUUAGGAGGCAAUGAUGGAUAGAGGGCACAUUUGGCUAGGAUGCCGGGGUUAAACCCCCAUUUUUUUUUUUUGAAAGACAUCCUGGGAUUUUUAACAACCACAGAGAGUCAGGACCUCGGUUUAACGUAUCAUCUGAAAGACGGUGCUCACUGAGCAGUAUAGAGUCCCCUUCAUUAUACUGGGGCGUUGGAACAAAUAACACCCCACCAUUUGAGAACCCCCUGCUGGCUUCACUAACACCUCUUCCAGCAGCAACCUGGCAUUCCCAUGUGAUCUACCAUCCAGGUACUGGCCGGGCGCACACCUAGCUUAGCUUUAGUGGGCGACAAUUUAAGAGUUGCAGAGAGCUAGUUGGCGGCAUACUGUAAAAUCUUUACUAUACUAACUGCAAACCAUAAAAAUGGCCAAAAAAUGCUAAAUUUCUGUCAUAUAUGGAUAAACCUACCGUAACCAAUUGGUAAAAGUAGUGCAUAUUUGACAUAAGACUGGGUUAAAACAAGCCAGCAUUUUCAGAGUGUGCCAAACCCCAUAAAAAACAGACCGUAAAUUAAGUUAUAUUACGUUGUUAUGUCAGGAAGAUGUUGUGGUUUUCAAAAUUGUUUGCCACAUGACAUAACCAAUCAGUCAAUGGCAUCAGGGUCAAUUAUUUUUUCAGUAACCCCCUUUGUGAGCUUUUAGGCCCUGUUUAUACCUGGUUUUAUAGUUUACCAAAGAACCAUAAUUUAUUAUUAUGUCAAUAUUUACUCAUCCUCCACUAGUUCCUUUUUUUCUGUUGAACACAAAGAAAGAUAUACUGAAGACUACAGAAAAGCAGCAGCCAAUGACUGCCUUUGUAUAUUUCUUCCUACUACACUACCUGACAAAAGUCUUGUCGUCUAUCCAAGUUUUAGGAACA